UUCCGGCACCCCCUAUAUUCAUGUCUCAAUAAUUAUAUUUAUCCAACUUUAUUUUUUUUAGUUUUUAUUUUACUUGGAAUGGAUUUAAAUAUUUACUAUGCUGACCCAGAGGCUAAACAAGAAGAAGUAGUUAUAAAUUUUCUGAAAAGUUUAUAUGCUUGGUUUGAUGAUAAAAUGAAAAAAGUUCAAAGUGAUCUUCGUUUUAAUUUGGAAAGAAAUGAUCAAACAGUCAAAGUAAUUAAAAAUGUUGAGGAUAUGCAUGGCAAUCCACUUCAAGUAUCUCAAUAUCCACUUCGCUUAUCGCAUGUGCCAUAUUUUGUUGUUAUUACUGUGCCUGAAAUUGGAGAUUGGGAAGUUUUCUUUCAAGGAUUAAAUGAUCGUUUACGUCAAUUUGUUAGCGAAAAUAAAAGAACUUUUACUUUACUUGACUGGGCAAAUAUUUUAAAGAAAAUGAAGCCUGAUGAUGUUUCAACAGUGGAAAAGAGAACAGCAGUUUUAAUUAGGGAAAUGCAUCUUGAACAUGGUGUAUUAUAUCAUUGA